GAAUUUUGAUUGUCCACCAUAUCCUCAGUCUGAAGUCCUGCCGGUUUCUUUUCUCUCAGACUAACGGAAAGAGCAGAAAGUCGCGAGUUGAACUUAAAGAAGUGCCUUCUGGUGACAAUAUGACCUACAAACCAGUCACUCAUGUGAUUUUCGACAUGGACGGGUUGUUGUUAGAUACAGAGAAGCUAUACACUGUCUCCUUCCAGGAGAUCUGUGACCGCUUCGGAAAGACAUACACAUGGGAUGUAAAGUCUUCAGUGAUGGGUAAGAAGGCUCUGGAUGCAGCCAGGAUCAUCAGAGACUCGCUGGAACUCCCUAUGAGCCCUGAGGAGCUGCUGGAGGAGAGCAGAAAAAUACAGGAGCGCCUCUUCCCCACUGCUGCCCUAAUGCCAGGUGUUGAGAAACUCGUAACUCAUCUCCAUAAACACAACAUCCCCAUUGCUGUGGCUACCAGCUCAGCUGGCUUGACCUUUGAGAUGAAGACAAGCCGCCAUAAAGACUUCUUCAGCCUCUUCAAACACAUUGUCCUCGGAGAUGAUCCAGAAGUGAAGAAUGGCAAGCCCCAGCCAGACGCCUUCCAGGUGUGCGCCAGCAGAUUCGAUCCUCCAGCUUCUCCAGAACAGUGUCUGGUGUUUGAGGACGCGCCCAAUGGGGUGAAGGCAGGCCUGGCAGCUGGCAUGCAAGUCGUCAUGAUCCCUGACCAGAACCUGGAUCGCAGCCUGACCCUGGAGGCCACGCUGUUGCUGGACAGCAUGGAGGACUUCAGGCCAGAGCUCUUCGGCCUGCCUGCCUACAAUUAGAGACUCUCUAAUGCUCCUUAACGUACUCAGUCAAACAUGCCAUUUGACAUGGCAGGUCUUAAAAGGAGGGAAUGAAUGACUAAGGUUACUUAGUCCAGUUUAUUCAUACGAUCACACAAUCACAUAAUCAGUGACUUAUGGUGAAGAAAAAAGCUUUUACUCUUUCAUGAGAUGCAAAGUUUGGAAGGUCUGACGCUUUGACGGUUUUACAGGUCAUUUAAUUGCAUUCAGGCUUAAUCUCAUUGGUGCGGCUCAUUGAGCCAAUCGCGGCGCUGGAUCUCAGCACGUUCGUUAAACACUUUUAGUGUUGAUGGCUUGAACAGCACCCAAACUGAUUUUGAUUAUUCUGCUCAAUUAGACCCAGUCAAGCCAUUAGGCCUUAUUGAUGGUUUUUGAUGUUUGUGUUUUUUUCCUUCAUCAAAUUAGAGCCAGUAAAUUGAUUAGUUCUAUAUUUAACGGUGGUGAUGAUGAUGAUGCUUUGUUCAGGGCCUGUGUAAAUUCCUGAUUACUGGCAGCUGUCACACAAUCAAGCUUUUCAUUUCAUUUUUACGGCUUUGUAUUUGUUGAUUUUUAUUUUUGAAUUCCUGUUUGUUUUUGUGUAAAUGGCAGUGUAGCAACACUAGAGAGGUUUAUUAAAAUGCCAGACGUUUUUAAGUCCGCUCCAUGCGACGUAAUCCAAUAAAAGAGAUCUGAGGGGCCAGGCGUCUUUCAGAUUUUACCCGCGUUCGCCUCCCCCAUGCCAGGGUUAGCGUCUUCUUUCAGCGGCGUCCGACACAGCAGAGAGCUCGAACCCCAGUUCUUUUCUUUCUGCAAAACCCCUCAGGGAUGAAAGAGAUUUCCACCGGCGUCCUCUUCUCUCUUCUCCGUGUAGGCCGCGGACCUUUCAUCCUUAAAGACGAGCAGGGAAUCCGGAAGGCUUGUUCUUUUCUACAUGACUUCCACCCUGGGGCCUUUUUACAUGUCGUUUAGAGGCUUAGCGCAGGAAGGCUAUCAGGCCGGGGGUUUAAAGCAUGAGAGAGUCUUGUGUGCUUGUGUGUUUAUACAUGUUUGCUUAUAUGGAUGGAGGACAUAAUAUCUUGUCUCCAUUUGAAGAACUUGAAAUGAACAAUAGCACUUGGCUGUAACUGUGUUUAUAAACAAGUAUUACGUGGCUGAACAAUAAAGUGAAUUUAUGUGUUACUUGGAUUAAACAUGUAACACACUAAAGGAACAAGAA